GAGUGGUAGCACGUGGGGGGCUGCUCUGCGAGAGAACAUGCAGCGUUGACAGCCGCUUCAUGCAGUCUCCGAUCAAUACAUGAGCAGAGAGUGAGGUGCCUUCCGCAACCACCUGACACAGGCUGUAUGAACCCUCCCCCCUGCUCUUCCACUACAUGUCUUAAGCGAAGCUUGUUUCUGAGCCAGCAUUGUAGUGAGGUGGCUAGUACCAUCAUGUACCACCAGUAAGAUAAGACGGGACAAGAACAGUACCAGUGUUACCUCACUGAAACCCUUAAGGACCCCAUUCAAACCAAGCAGAGUCAUUGUACACAGAGCACACCAAACAUGGCCAAGCUUGGAAUCACCUCCGAGAAGCAGAAAUGGUGGAACGUCGACAAAACUCUUCUUCCUGUGAAGAUGUUCUACUUUUUUUUCCUUGCAGGGGUAGGAACACUGUUGCCAUUCAUCACAUUAUUCAUGAAACAGCUGGGCCUGUCCUCUGGGGAGACUGUUAUCUAUGGUGUGAUGCCCUUUGUGGGAUUCUUAGUGAGGCCUGCCCUGGGGGCUGUAGCUGACAAGCUUCAUCAGCACAAACUGGUCCUGAUGGUCGUGUGUUUACUCACUGGCGUCUUCUACCGUCUGCUGCUGGUUCCAGCUAACAUCAAUGAGGAUAGCACCAAGAUAUUCACCAGUAUUCACUGUAACAAUCAAGACUCCUACAUCAGUGACUGUAACACUGGCCCGUCAUGCCCCAUGUCCCUAACCCAUUAUGGUAACAUGACCAUGGCAAAUGGCAAUUCAUCUGCCACCAGUAUGCAUGGUCGGAAAUGUUCAGCGGUGUGUACGUUUGCAGUGCCUGGUGCCUACUCUACCCGCGUCUGCUUUACCUCCACUGUUGGCUCCUUCCCGGACAACUGCCUCAACAUUUGGGUGAGUUCCACUGAGGAGUCGACGGUGAACUUCAGACUUCUUGAUGCUGGCGCUGUUAUCCACAAGGAGAUUCUCCAUGACCGCUACAAACUGAAAAAACCAAAUGUCGUGAGCACCGAGAUUGAUCUGAAGAAUCUGUCUUUCAGGGGAGAACCGUUCUGGAGGAUGGUGUGUGACUCGGAGACAAUCCUCAACUGUGAUAUGUCCUGCACCACCACCCAUGCACUGGAAUGUAACCGUGAGACCACUGCCUAUGGACAAACAUUCUGGAUAUUUUUCUUUGUGUUUCUCUUGGCGAAUAUCGCCUUGGCGCCCACCCUAAGCCUGAAUGAUGCUAUUGGCUAUGAUAUUCUUGGGGACAAGAGUCAUCGUUGGAAAACAGAGACUCGGGGAACCAUAGGCUUUGCAUGUUUUGCUAUUGCAUCAACUCUCAUAAUGGAUACACUGAGUAAAUCCAAUAAAACCAUCGACUACAACAUAUCAUUCUACAUCUGAGGCCUGAUGUUAUUCUGUGUGAUUGUGGCAGGUUUUCUAAAGGUGAACCCUGAUUUGGUGUGUAAUAAGAUGUUCGUGAUGUUGGCAAACUUUCACCCAGCUAAGGAUAGCGUCCUCCUCCUGACCAUUCUCAUGUUUGGUGUUUACUGUGGUGUCAUAGAGGCCUUUCUUUUCUGGUAUCUCCUUGACCUUCAACUCAAGUAUUCGGGCCAUGUAAAUGGUAAUGCCAUCAUCAUGGGUUUGUGUCUAAUGUUGAACUGUGUGGCUGAAGCCCCCUUUCUGUUCAUGUCUGGACACAUCAAAAGAAUAGGUCAGUUGUCUUGUAUCUACCUGGCAUUUGCUGCAUAUGCCAUUCGUUUCAUUGGCUACUCCUUCCUGGUGAACCCCUGGCAUAUCCUCUUUCUUGAGCCCCUCCAUGGUUUGACCUUUGGCCUCCUUUGGGCAGCAGCCACCUCUUACACCAACAAGAUAUCCCCUCCAGGAACCUCCGGGACCACACAGGGUCUGAUCAGUGGUCUUCAUUUUGGCUUUGGUAAAGGUAUCGGUAGCUUGCUGACAGGGUUCCUAUUUGACAUUCUCGGUGCCCGCUGGUCCUUCCGUGUCUACGGUAUAUCUGCCCUCGUCUUCCUCGUCCUCAGUGUCAUUCUACACUUAACCUGCCUGAAGGUGGAGCCUGCGGAGGAAAGAGAUAACAUCAUCGUCAAAGCUCCUCACACGAAUUUAAAACCUCACGAUCCCGAUCAGGAGGAUGAAGCUGCUGCUGGUGAUUAUCUCCUUGGAAACCAUUCAGGCACAGAUGAAGUGGAAGUUAGGGCGACAGCUGACGGCGAGGAUGUGGAGGAAAUGACAACAAACUCGGAGGGAGUCGCCCCACCGGAAUCUGACCGUCUGUAACCCACAUUAGUAGCUCCGACUUCAAGCUCACCAUUUAGAAUUGUCACCUUAAUGCCUACCGUUGUAUCGUUAUGUAUUGCUCAACUAUAAAAUUUAAUUAAAAAGUGUAUUUUCUAAGGUAAGCGAUGUAUUGCUGUGUGUAGACAGUUUCGUCAAAGUACUUGCUUAAUCAUAACAUUUGUCUCAAACAUUCGUGAAUACGAAACACUGCAGAAGCUCCAUACAGUGGCGAUGUCUCCCUUUCCAUGGGGCCAGUCUCGACAAUAUUGUCUAAGGCGUGUUCCGUACAUUGUACAUUUUGUAAAUUCCAUGACACUAUUGAAAACAUUUAUUUUUCAAGCCGUUUAUGAAUUUUUCAAGCUUAUUUUGAACGACACGUGAAGUGUUUCAUGUGUGGAUAUGUAGUGAGGAAUGUGCAUCUGGGACCUUUAACAUAUACAUUUUUUGGCGUUAAAUAACAAUUA